AUGUCACUUACAUUGCUCAUCACCCAAUCAUUCCUAAUAUCGGAGCUGCUCCUCCUAACCAUUCUUUUAUUACCCUUCGCACCCCAAAAGCUUACAAUAGCCCUUCCCCGUCCCGUCCAUCACCUUAUUUAUGCACUCGUCAUGCUGAUAGCGUUUUCAUUCGCCGACUCGCUGUACAGAAGGUCAUACCAGCAGUAUUUCUACCUGAACGGCAUUACACUCUUCCUGUUUCUGAUACUUAAGAGGAUGUUGAAUGUUGUGAGUAAAUUGAAGAGAGAGGAGAUGGAGGUGAGUGUGAUGAGGCGGCAGAUUGAGAAUCAUAAGAAGUUUGUGAUGGAGAUGGUGGAGGAGAACAAGAAGUUGAGAGAAGAGAAUGAAGGUUUGAGGAGCAGGGUGGUGCUAGAUGGCGGUGCAAGCGGUAAAAAUGAGUUGAGGUGUGGCAUCGGCGAUAGCGUUGCACGUAAUAGAAUUGCUGAUGGCGUUGGCGUGGUGAGCACUGCCGAUGAACCACUGGUUGAUGCUCUUUGUGGCGGUGCUCAGUGCGGAGACAGUACGAUGCAUGCUGCCGAUGAACCACUGGUUGAUGCUCUUUGUGGCGGUGCUCAGUGCGGAGACAGUACGAUGCAUGCUGCCGAUGAACCACCGGCUGGUGCUCAGCAUCGGCAGGUAGCCGAUGCAAAGAACGAUUCAAGAUCAAGUGCAGGUGAAGCGGUGCGUGAGGACAAGGGCAACGUACCUGUGCAUGAUGAAGAGAAUGAAGAUGAGAACUGGGGACCGGAAUGGUAG